AUGCACUUCGCCACAUCUCUCUUGGGCGCAUCCGCCCUGGCCAUGUUCCUCGCCACCUCCGCACAAGCACAGGACACCGGUGCAGGCGCCGCCCCUCCCCUGGCAACCGAUAAAGUCAGCAUUCUCUAUUCGAACGACGGCAACAUCGAACUCGCAACAGAGGAGGUCCUCUUCAACACCUGCUAUGCCUCCGAGAAUGCCUUCCUGCCUUACUCCUACCUGACCUUUGCCCCCAAGAACUCGACCAUCAACUUUUAUACCGACUCGAACUGCGAGACGUUUACGUUCGGUCUCGAUGGAUACUAUGGAGGAUACCCCGGCGCCGCUCGAUCGUACAAGUGGGUCGGAUGGGACGAGACCAACCUCGGCGAGUACUUCAACAAAGUACCUAUCAGCGGCCAGGGCGAUGCGGCCACUCCCGGUGACGACACACAUACCGCCCCUCCUGGUGGACUGAACCCCGGUACCACCCCUCCCGCCACCACCAACCCUGACAGCGCCCACGCCAGCGAGCCCGAGGUCAAGACCCCCGACAACUCAUCGUCAUCAUCUUCGACAUUCUUUGGAGGCGUCGUUGGUUCACUCGUUGUCCUCUCGGUCGGAGGACUCAUUUUCUGGAAGACGGCAGGCAAGAAGUUGGUCGAGGACAAGGGUAAAGGUGUUCUUCCUUACAACAGAGUCGGUGGUCAUCGGGACGGCGAUAUCUUGCUUACCAACAGCGGUCGUGGUGGCCAGAACUCGUUCGAGAUUGGCGAUGAGGAUGAUGAGGAGGAUGAGGAUGAGGUCGAUAGCCGCCGUCAGCACCGGUCGGGACGCCAGGAGCGUUACCGCGACGAUCAAGCUUAA